GUAAGAGAUAGUUUGUCGAUCAGAAAAUUUUUCUUUCAUCAAAAUUAACAUUUUGCAGGUAUUUUUAUCAAUUAAAAAGUGCAAUUGUGUUAAAAAUUAAAAAUAGAAAGUACGGAGCAUUGAAUAAAGGUUCAUUGCAAAUGAAACUUCACAAGAAACCAACUUUUCUUUUUAAUUAAAAAAUCCUGAUAAGUACAUAAAUUGUACUCGAGAAAUACCAUGGACAAUGCCAUCAGCUUCUUUAUGCAAGCUAAUGUGUAGUAAAAGUCCAAUUUUUCACAAGAGAUUUUUGGACAUUGUUAACAUUGGUUUUUCCAUAAAGAAGUCGAAUCGUCUUGCUGUAGAGGCAUUUCUGUUUUUUAUACGAAUUAUUUUGGGAUUUCUAUAAUUGAAAGGAAGUUUAGCUUUGCCGGAAGUACUUUUCAUAGCACAAUGGAGACUGAGUGUCCUGCGAAGAAGAUGAAACUCAACCACGAGCUGGAAAAUGAGAGCGAAUUGCGGCAGUUUCAAAUUCUCGAUGAGCUAGGCGAAGAAGCUUCGGAUUCUGAUGAUGAGGGAUCUAAGUCAGAGAAUGAAGAGGACGAGAGUCAGUCAGAUUUGGAGGAAGAGGACAUUGAGAAUUUAUUAGACGCUGGACUUCCGGAGGAGUUGCGGCAGAAGAAGAAGCAGUGUCAGUACGAGGAGAGAUCAAAGAUUGUGCUGGAGGAGAAGGGACGCAAUCACUUCGAGGUGCUACCAGAAGGAUGGGUUCAGGUAACGCACAACAGCGGCAUCCCUCUCUAUUUGCACAAAGCUUCGAGGGUGUGCUGCUCAUCGAGACCCUAUUUCCUUGGCCCAGGAAGUGUUCGGAAACAUGAAAUUCCCCUAAGCUCAAUCCCAUGCUUGAACUACAGCAAAGCUCUCCAAAAGGAAGCAGAGGCUAAUACAAAAGUAAAAGCUGAACCACCGCAGGAGUCAAAUGAAGCAUCAAAUGGGCAUGAACUUCGACCACUUUCUAAUGCUAAAAUCGAAACAGUGAAGGAGAACCUAAAGGCACAAUCCCUGACCGCGAGUCAAGUAACAGAGUAUUGCAUGAAACUCUUUCACUUCAAGACGAUAAAAGUGCGUCGAUUUAAAUCUUGGUCUGCUCGACGGAAAUUCACUAAGAACAAAAAGCAAAUUAAAAAUUUGCAGAGACCAACUCUGCCAGAUGGUACAAAGUUAAUCACAUUUCCCGUAUUAAAUACCGAAGGAGAAAAUUCAGGUGCAGUUCGCACGAAAAAGGAGUGGAUCAUGAAUCCAAAUGGGAAAAGUUAUGUAUGUAUUUUACAUGAAUAUGUGCAACAUGCACUCAAAAAGCAGCCUUCGUAUGAAUUUAAGGAGUUGGAAAAUGCAGCAACACCCUAUUCGGCUACGGUGUCAAUCAAUGAGCUGAAAUAUGGCACAGGAUACGGUACGAGUAAGAAGCAGGCAAAGAGUGAGGCAGCUCGAGAGACUCUGGAGAUUCUCAUUCCACAGAUGAAGGAUAAGAUUACGGGAGAAAAAGUUGCGAGUACACAAGCAUCCCGCAACAGCUACCACGAUCUCUCGGUGUUUGAUGAGAUUAAAAUUGAAGAUCCGCGUGUGGCGGAAUUUUGUGCCAAGACAACCGAACCAUCUCCUCAUGCGAUUCUUCUUACGUGUUUGCAGAGAAAUUUCGGCUUGGGUGAUGUACACAUUCAGUACGAAAUUAACAAUGUGAAUCACAAGAAGAAUGAAUUUAAGAUGGUUGUAGGUAAACAUACGGCUUCGGUGGUGUGCAAAAAUAAGCGUGACGGUAAGCAGAGGGCCUCUCAAGCCAUUCUACAAAUUUUACAUCCACACAUUAAAACUUGGGGUAGUUUACUGCGCCUCUAUGGGAAUCGUAGCAUAAAGAGUUUCAAAGAGAAGAAACAGGAGGAGCAGGAAAUUACAUUGCUUCAGAGUAAGGCUGCCAUUAAUCAGCCCAAUUAUGCCAUUUUAGAUAAGUUAAAGUUGGAAAUGACAAAACUUCUUGAGCGAAAUGCUGCGGUGAAGCCCAUUGGGACAUUUGUCCCACCAACAGACAUUAAUUUGCCAACAGCAACGGGAUCGAAUCUCAAGAAUGUUGAUUUAUAGCUUUAAGAAUCCCCAUUAGCUUUAAAGUUUCUCUAGUCGAUAUUUAGCAUUUCCCCGUGAGGCUGAUUUUGCAAAAAAAAACUCCAAUAUCGAUUUUUUUUAAAUUUUAUUCCUUUAUUUUUAGUCGAUUUAUCAUGUUUGAAAUAAUUUAUUCUCUCUUUGAGGAAAAUAUUAAAUAAUAUCAUAAAAGUA